AUGGGCAACUAUAAAUCCAGACCACCAACAUCGUGCUCAGAUGAACUAAAGAAGAAAAUCAGUGAAGGCUAUGCUGUGGUAAGAAGUCGGCUAAAUGAGCCGACAUCAAAGGCAGCGAACUCUAGUAUGGACACCUUUGCAAGUCGCUGGCCU